AUGGAUAACUUCUCACCGGAGAGUCGAGCUGCGGUGCAAGAGGCAUUCAAUGCAUUGCGCGGGUCGAUUGGCAAGGCGCUUGACACUGAGCUUGAAAAGAGGAAACAGAGGGACUUGGAGCGGAACGAGUCGUUGCGGGAAGAGUUGGACAUUUUGAGGUCUCGCUCUGAGUACAUUGAUCGGCUGGAGCAAGAUAACUCGUCGCUCAGAAACAAAUUGCUGCGAUUCCACCAUCAGAACCGCGACACCGAAUCGCCAAGAAGUACACCUCGUCCCAACGUUUCUGUACAGGACAAAGCUACAAACACAGAUCCUACACCAGUUGAAUCAUCCGAUAAGGAGAAUGACGUGGAGCGGGUUCUACACGAGAGCCACAAAGUUCUCAGGAGGUACAACGCCUUAAACAAGAACUUCAAGCUGUUGAAGGCAGAGUACCAGAAGCAGAAGGAUCUGAUCAAGCAAUGGGGCGAAUACUCAACAUCCUUGGAGGCUAAGAUCAAAAGAAUCGAGGACAGGCAUGGACAGUCAAUCGACCCUACACCUGCAUUUGAAUCCGCAUCGGAGCCGAGCAGGCCUCGUGCGGCUGCAACCCCAAGCUUCACCGCAGAUUCUGGUGCGGAACCUGAUCAAGCAAAUGGAGCUGUGGAACCUCAGUUGGCUGCACAGCCUGAUCCUCCAGCAGAUCCACCCCGAGACGAAGGAAAUCUGCCCUCAGGACACACGAGCGAUAGAGAAACGACAGAGAGCGGUAAAGACGCCGAUGAGCAGACUCUCCCUCCCUUGAGGCAAGAUUUCAAUGUCACGACAGAGGUUCUCGUCAAGUCCGAGCCCUCUUCCGAUGGCCCUAUUUUUGUCUCGGAGCGCUCAGUUGGGAAGAGAAAGCGUGCGGACGACCAGGUCACUGAUCAAACCACGCGGACCAGAAUCAAAAUCGAAAGUUCCGGGCUUUCUAACAGCUUGCCUUCCACCCAGAUCCAGGAAAGUAUGGAUUUGGACGAACUUGGACCGAGGGUCACAACGCCGAGGAGGAAGAGAUAUGCGGAUCUCGAUCGAGAUAAGAGCUUCAACUCGGUCACCGUCAGGCCGGAUAACGUCAGCACGCCGGCUGCAAAACCUCUUCAGAACUCUGCGGUCUUAACGCCAGUCAACCCUAAUGUGAUGCCCGUGCAUCCGCAAGAGAAGAAGGCUGUCGAGAACCCCACCAGGAAAGGACUCACUCAAGGCAUAAGAAGCCUUGCCGAGGACGGCAUUACUUACAAGAAGACUGGUCGCGAAGAGCCAGCAGGUGGGAACUUUCGCACGCCACAGCCCGCCGGUCGUUUGAGUACCCUCUUAAAUACGGCGCCAUCAGAAGAGACGCCAACCAUAACGCGGUCGGCGCCUCGACUUCGUGGCAAUGAUCCAGAGGAUGACGAUAGCCUUCGUUUUCCUGACCGGAGGCAGUUGCCUUUCAACAAAGAGCGACGAGACAAGCCAAAGGGGAGCGCUUUCAGUCGGAAGAGCACUGAAGACGCCGCAGAACCAAGUCCAACGCGUGGUUCGUCUAAGAACCGAGCCACAGUUGAGACUCCGCUGACGUCGUCAAAGACAGGUCUUCGGUCCAAACCCGUAGCCGAUCUGCGCAUGAGCGACUUCAAAGUCAAUCCAAAAUUCAACGGCGGCGCUGAUUACGCAUACUCGGAGGUGGUCAGGGGCAAUGACAGGUCUUGCCUGCCAGGCUGCACCGACAUGAAUUGCUGCGGGCCGCACUUUCGGGCAAUGGCCCUCGCCCAGAAGAACAGCGCCGAUCGCACCACAGCAUCAGACAACAAACUGUUCGAAGACUUUCUGGGAGAUAGAAUCAGUACCGUCUGGGGAAUGUCGAAGCCGGAGAAGGAAAAUCUCUGGGUGGAAGCCAAGACAUGGCAGCUAGCCAAUGAGUUGGGCAAGCAUCGUCAUCGGUAUGCUCGGCGAGCGUCUCCUGAAGGAUUUUGGAACGUGGACUUUCCCAACACUCAGGAGGUACAGGCCGAGAAGGCAGAGUUUGAAAAGCGAGAAAAGCAAAUGAUUCAAGAAAGAUAUCGGGAAGCGAUGAGAGGAGGUGGACGGUGGGUUUUCAAGGAUGAAUGA